AUGAUUGACUUCCUUUGUAUUUACCCCAUGUGCCUGGACGACCGGCGACGCAACACGAGCAUUGAACUGGGUACUGAUCUAUUGUCCUCUCACACAUACCCAGGCUUGACAGGGAAUCCUGAUUCUCCGCAAAUAUCAAGGAAGUCUGACUACAUCCCAAAUUCCACGAAAAUGACCCCAGAGAUUCCAAGCCCGGAGGCUGGUUCAGUGCCUGUCCCUUGUAUCCCGUUGAAACGGACUUUCGACCAAAUGGAAUCGGUAGUGCAAGAAUCUUCAGAGUUCACUAGGCGAUUGCCGCACGCUUCUUCAAUUCCAGCGCCGAUAAUCCGUGCGUCUGGCUUGCCGGAUGUACCUGAGCUCCCGUUGCUAGACUCUGCGCUUGAAGGUGAUAGCAACUAUCGCACAGAGAGUAUGCUCCCAUCGCCUGCACUGGCCCCAAUCCCAGAGGAAAUCUCCGAGGACGGCGACGGCGAGGUCUUGGACCCAUUGGUACCUAGAUCAGCCGUCUCAUUCACUGAAAUUGAAGUUGCAACUUCAACGAGGGAUAUUUCAAUGCCCUAUUCUUUGCCACCAGCUUUAAUGAACUCAGCCACGUCCGUUCCCGAAGUGGGCUACGAUGUUUCUAACCUCGCUCCGUUACCGUCAUCUCCGCCUGUGAACUCCUUAUCAACAGACAGCACCGAUGAUAAUGGAGAUACAUCAUCUGUGGCAUCAUCAACCGAUGAUUCUGACUCAGUGUUUGAUGAUGGACAAUUAGAGAACACAUCCAGCUACACAGCCUCAUUGUUAUCCGAUGUAAAAAACUACGCUUACGAAAAUGGAAGACGUUAUCACUCAUACCGCGAAGGCCACUACGUCCUUCCCAACGACGAACCAGAGCAAGAUCGACAAGAUCUCCUCCACCACGUUCGGAAUCUCGUGUUAAACGGCCGGCUUUUCCGAUCCCCACUGAACAACCACAUCCAGCGGGCUCUCGAUAUCGGCACCGGCACCGGAAUCUGGGCCAUCGAUUUUGCAGACAGUUUCCCCAGUGCUGAGGUAACAGGCACUGAUCUCAGUCCCAUCCAGCCAUCAUGGGUCCCACCAAACCUUCGCUUUGUGGUGGACGACGCCGAAUCGCAAUGGCUCUACAGCCCAAGUCUGCCCUUUGACUUCAUCCACGCCCGGGAUCUAGGCGGUGCUAUCGCCGACUGGUCACGGCUGAUGCGCCAGAGCUACGAGCAUCUGCGCCCCGGUGGAUGGGUUGAGUUGCAGGAGUUUGAAGUUAUGCUCAAAUCGGAUGAUGAUUCGAUCCGUCUUGCGCCGGCGUUGUGUGAGUUUCUUGAACGACUGACCCAGGCCAGUGAGGCAUUCUGCCGACCUAUGAAUAUCGCCGAAGGUCACCGGCAGCGACUGGUUGAGGCUGGUUUUGAAGAUGUUCGAGAUGAGGUGUACAAGGUUCCAUCGAGUGUUUGGGCUAGGGACCCCGUGCAAAAGGAAAUUGGUCGGUACAACCAAUGCUCUCUUCUUAUGGCGGUUGAAUCCUACUCGCUGGCACUUUUCACUCGAGUGCUAGGAUGGUCGAAUAAUGAUACUCAGGUUUUCCUGGCUGGGGUGCGCAGAGAUCUCAAGAAUCCCGCGGUACAUACUUACUGCAAGCUGCAUGUUGUUUACGGUCGGAAGCCGUCUCAGUCCCAGUUGAGUCGGCAAUUUGACUAG